AUGUGCCAGGGUGCAGAUGGUGAUAUGGGCAGUAUGGGUGGUGCUGCCAUGGAUGACUAUGGUCCUGCCCCAAGUGGUAGCGGAGCUGCUGACAUGAUGUCUAUUAUUACAAUGCAUAAGCUAAUGGGAUUGUUGAUGACUGGAGGUGAGCAUGGGUGUGCGAGGGUAGUUCGGGCUGCUUGCAUGAUAGGUGAUGCAAUUGAGCAGGAGGUUGUUAGAAUACACAAAUUCUUGAAGAAAACAAAGAGGCAAAAAGUUAAAGAGACAAAACAGGAAGGAGGUGAAUCUGAUGGCAAUGACCAAGAACAAGAAGAGUUACGAAAGGUGGUUAAUAAUUUGAUAAAAAAGCAAAAGCUGCGAGCAGUGAGGCAACUAGUUAAAGGACAGGAUGAUUCAAAACCGUGGGGCACCGAUGCUACAGCAAAGGUUGGCAGCCGACUCAUUGAAUUGCUGCUUUUAACAGCCUAUAUACAGCCUCACAAAAGAAAAACACCAUAA